AUGGAUGAUCACGAACAAUAUAUCAUUAACUCUAGAUUGAUUGAUGCUGCCAAGAGAGGAGAAGAGGAUCUUUUGGAACAAUGUAUUUUAGACAAGGAGUUCAAGGUAAACAUUAACGCAAAGGAUGCUAUUGGCGAGUCUGCCAUGCAUUGGGCUGCCAAAAAUGGACACGACAACAUCAUUCGUAUUCUCUUCAAGUACCGUGCCAACCUCAACAUCCUCGACAAUGCUGGCGAGACUGCAGCUCACAAGGCUGCCUAUAAAGAUCGUUUGGACGUCAUCAAGGCACUCGUUGAAACCAACCGUGUCGAUUUGACCAUCAAAAACAAGAAUGGUCUCACUCCACUCAACCUUGCCAAAGAUGAAGCAUGUCGUAAAUUACUUGUACCAAAACCAAUUAUUACUUCAGACGACGAAGAUUCUGAUGAUCCAGAAGACAGUGACAACGAGUAA